AUGAGCAAGGGGACCUGCAGCUCUUUAAUGUCUGGUGUCUCGGGAAUCGGUACUGUCAAUUCCCUUAUAAACACCCUUCUUGUGGCACAGCUGGUCUUCUGUGGGCCAAGUUUAGUCCAAAAUUUCUUGUGUGAGAUAUCCCCAGACCUUGCCACAUCCUGCAGCUCAACCGAUCUCAGUGAAAUCACAGUUUACAUGGCAGACAUCAUCUUAGGCACGGGAAGUUUCCUGCUGGUCAUCCUCUCCUAUUGCCUCAUCAUCAUCACCAUCCUGAAAAUCCAGGGCUCUGCAGGGAAGUGGAAAGCCUUCUCCACCUGCUCCUCAUACCUUGCUAUUGUUGGCUUGUUCUACUCCACCAUCAUCUACACCUAUACCCAGCCAACUAGCACUCCAUUAGAGAAGAAGAACAAAACAGUGAGCAUUAUCUACACUCUGGUGACUCCCACUCUGAACCCUCUGAUCUACAGCCUGCACAACAAAGUGAUCAAAGUGGCGUUCUGGGAAAUUGUACCAUUUCCCAAGACAAAUUAA